AUGCGCGGCCAAAUAGCUGUCGCCGAUGUGCUCGGCCAUACCGAUAAUGAAGCGGCAGAAGCUCCCAACCUCACCGCACUGAACGACCAAUUAGACUCACUGUGGACACGAUAUCUGCACUUUUUACACCAGUACACCCAUGCCCAGGCAUCAAUCAAGAAAUACAUGUCGUCCGGCUUCGUCUCUCUUGCCCACGCAAACUCCCAAUCCGCUGGACGUGGUCGUCGAUAUGGCCGGGACUACUAUGAUGAUCGAACCUCGGCGACCACGAAGGUAGAGGUUUUCGCCGAGGACGAUGGCAGCCUGCCACAAGCAAGGAUCGUGAAGGUAGCGCGGGAGGUCGUGGAUGAUGACUUUGAGAUCGUGGAAAAGACUGAAGCUGCCAGUGUUGGAGGGCUUUCGGCCAAGGGUGAAGCGUUGGAUGAAGUGAGGACUAGCUCUCUGCCUACACCAGAAGCCGCACCUGAACCCGACAGCAAUUUCACAGAGCCAAAUAAACCUGGAACUUCUUCUGCAAACUCAAUGCUUACCAAUAAUGAUCCAACUCGCUGGUUUGGCAUUCUGGUUCCGCCUUCUCUCCGCCUAGCCCAGAAAUCCUUCAUGUCGGCUGUGCUGGGCGUGGAUGCCUUCGCUCAAGCAAGUAAUGCUGCGCGUGGCAUGAGAGAUGUCGAGGUUGAUAUUAGAAAGCUGAGGAAGACUAUCAGGAAAGCCGAGAAGGCGCAAGGUCAUCAAGUGGAAGGUGCGGUACGUUGA